ACAAAUUAUCUGGUUGAAAUAAAUUAUAGUGGCCGUAAAAAUAUUCAUUUAUCAUUAUUGGUAUGAAUACUGUUGGUAUGAAUAAUAUUGAUAUGAAAAUUAUUGAUAUUAAUAUUAUUGAUAUGAAUAUUAUUUGAACAGAAUGCAUUAGGAGGUGGUUUUUCCUUUUUUUUUAAUUUUCCAUGUUUUAAUUCCAAUAAAUUAUAGUGGUAGUAAAAAUAUUUACAUGUCAUUUUUGUUAUGAAUAUUAUUGGUGUGAAUAAAUAAUCGAUAAUUACACUUAGCAGCCAAGCAAUCGUUUCUCUCGAGAAAUGUGAUCAAUAUCAGGUGUUAAAUGCGUCUUCCCGGAAUUAAAGUCUACUGGGCCGUUUUGUUUUUCCCUACAACUUUAUAGAAAAGUAUAAAUGUAAUCUAGAUGAGCGGAGCUGGCUACAGUUCCGAGACAAUGGCUAACAGAAUAACUUGGACGUUUCUUUUCGUACUUGCUGCCUUGCAGUCAUCGUACGGCACUCCACCAGUAAACAGACUGCCGUUACGGGUUGAACCGGGCGACGAACUUUUUCAGAUGGAAACCGAAAACCUGGAAAAGUUAAAAAACGUUUUACAACUGGUGAUCGACGAAGCGGAACUUACUUUACCACCAGACUCUCAAGGAAGCAUUUUACCGAAGCUCAAGGAAAUGGUUAGUAGCAUGAAUUCCGUGGAUGUCGGUAAUUUUACCAAGCGGAGAAAUUAUGCGGAUGCCCUCAAGGAAAUGAAGAAUAUUCUUGAAAUGUCAAAGAGCAAAGAGUUAGAAUCUGAAGCCGAUAAGGUAACCGUAAACUUAUAUUUUAAGCACGGAGUUGGCUUAAAGGUGAUUCUGGAAAGCUGGUUACUGCUUGAACUGGGCGACGAACUUUUUCAGAUGGAAACCGAAAAUAUGGAAGCGUUAAAAAACGUUUUAAAACUGGUGAUCGAAAAAGCGGAACUUACUUUACCACCAGACUCUCAAGGAAACAUUCUCCCGAAGCUCAAGGAAAUGGUUAGUAAAAUGGAUUCCGUGGAUGUCGAUAAUUUUGCCAAGCGGAGAAAUUAUGUGGAUGCCCUCAAGGAAAUGAAGAAUAUUCUUGAAAUGUCAAAGAGCAAAGAGUUAGAAUCUGAAGCCGAUAAGGCAAUCGUAAAAUUAUAUAUUAAGCACGCAGUUGGCUUGAAGGUGAUUCUGGAAAAAAAUGUGGAAACUACAUUGAAAGUAAUCGAGAAGAAGAUGGAAAGCCAUAUGAGCACGUGGUCUCAAAGUCGAUUGGACACAAAUUCGGAACUAGUUAAGCAGUUCAACGAGUUCAAAAACGAGAAGGAUGUCUAUAGGAAAUUGCGUAAAAUAAAAACAACUUUAGUUUUGUUUGGUAAGAGCACUACGCUCUAAUCUGUUCUUUGAUUGUAAACACACAAGUACAUAAGUAGUUCUUACUUUUUCUUAUCAAAAUAAUAAUCAUGUUUUAAUUGAAAUAAAUUAUAGUGGUAGUAAUAUUA